UCCGCGUUAUUAUAUGAAAUCUACACUGACUGAUGAUUAAAAGUUAGUCAUGAAUUAUACAGCCGAGGACCUUAACAAGGAGGUAACACAACACCUCCAUUUUAACACCGGACUUUUAUCUGUAUAUCUUUUUCUCGGACUUACAGGAAAUUCAUGUGUUUUAUACAUUUAUACCCGCAAAAUGAAAAAGACAGAGGAAAGAUACUUCAUUCCCAUGCUUGCUGUCUCCGACAUUUUUGCCUGCCUGGCUGGGAUCAUUCUUGGUAUCGUGUCGAAUUUCAACAGAGCUAAUUACCAACUUGAUACGUUUUGUAAGGUCGGAUAUUUCUUUACCUGGACUACGACUUCCGUUUCCGGAUUUCUUAUCCUCCUAAUCGCCUUAAAUCGUCACCUCAUGAUAUGCCGUCCCACGAGUCCGCAACUUACUGUUGUAAGGAAAAGAAGAGCUUUAAUUGUCAUGGUUUGCAUAGCCUUCGUGACGUCACUACCCAUGUUAUAUUUUCUGGGCGGACGGAACGUUCCGUACGUUUUUAAGGGACAAGCUCUAAACGCCACGCUUUGUACAUUGCGUUUUAGUGACGGAAUGAUGAACCAGUUACAAUAUGCUUAUUUCGGUUUUGAAAUUUUCCUAGCUCUGCUGAACAUGAUGGUCACCUGUGGGUUGUACAUCCCCGUAGGUGUGAGUAUAUAUCGCAGGUUCCGAAUAAUCCAACAAAAUUCAAAACAAAGAUCAAGUUCUACGGUCUUAUCAACAAUUUCUGGGAGUGUUGCAUCGCCGCCAACACAUCAAAGGCUGUGUGUAAAUGUACCCGAUAAUGAAACGUCCGUGAUGUCAGAGGCCUCUGUUGAUAUGAGUGAUAAUGAGAUUUCGACGAAAUGUGCAACGGGUGCUAAACCAUCAGAAACUGAAAUCAAACCCCGAGUAUCUUCCCUAAACCGAAGAAAGAAUACCAGACGGAAACAAGCCAGACACAACUUUACACUCAUGUUUGCUAUGAUUAUCAUAAUUUAUGUUCUAGCUUACGUGCCAACACUUAUAUUGGUUAUGCUGCCAGGAAGCAACCCCGCACAGUUCUGGUUUUCAAGGAGUGCAGUAGAGUUAAACGGCCUCGUAUUUCUCCAGAGAGCUUUCGUAUUGAAUAACAUUGUUAAUCCAUUCAUUUAUAGUUAUUUUGACUUGUCUUUCCGACGUGAACUUAUUAAUUUGUUGAUUUGUUGUAGAAAAGGACAGUUGCGUUCAACGUUUUGA